AUGAACAAAACUUCUCCCGUCGAGUCGGACACGUCCUUGGUCCGAGAGUUGGCCAAUGAUAUCCGAUCGGCCAGCGGUGGUGAGGUCGAGCAGCCUCGUAUACCCAUCCAUAGGCUACAUGAGGUCCUAGAGGAUGCCCUUCCUAGGAUGCAAGGGCCGCCGUCCCUCGAUAUGCGGCUCAUACUGCAGCACUAUCAUCACAAGCUCUACCUCUCGACGGACUCCUCCUCAGACUAUGUGGCGGCUCUUGCUCUACUGGCCACAAGUGCUCAACGAUUGGACUCGAACGUGGGAGAUAUGGUUAAGCAAUGCUCACAGGUUAUCAUGGACGGUCUCCACAAUGCCUCUCUCAAGAAUAAAAAGACAGCGGAGCUGGCCAACGUCCACACUCUCCUCAAGGUCUUGACAAUAUGUGCUAGGCUGCACUUGAGGGGCUGCCCUCCGCCCGAUGCCCUACCCCGUAGUAUCGUUACUGUUUUAUGCAAGGAACAAUUCGCUGAUAAGUUUCUGACAGAAGUCUCGGCUCAAGACGCAUGGACGAUGCUGCGGUCAUUGGCGGCUAUUGGCAUCACCUCUCCUGCUGGCCUCUACCUCGUGGAUCGUUAUUUCGAUCAGAAGGGCCGAGUAGAGCAACUGUCUCGUGUAAGGAUGGUGCAGAUGGUCGAAGCUCUGUGUAUGCUCCGGUCGCGGGGUCAGGCAUUGGAAGCAGUCUGUGACCAGUUAGCCAUGCAUGUUGUAAGAAUAUCUCCUCAACAACGACUAUCCCUCAUACGCUCCUUCGCCAUGGUGAAUGCCGCACCCAAUCUCCUCUACCUUUUCCUGCACAGCGGACGUAGGUGGCGUUUGAAGUUGCCUAUUAGCAGUCAAGCUGAGAUGCUCAGUAGUUUUGCUCAGUUGCGGCUACGGCCACGGGGUAGCGUGUUCUUCAAAGAUCUCCUCCUCACCGUAUUGAGGGGGCGAAAGAGAGCAGAUGUCGAUCCACUACGACUGUGUUAUGAUUUGUUCCUGUUGGACAUGUUCGACGAGUCCGCCUUCAAGCGCUUGGAAGCCGCUGUAGGCUCACAGGACUGCAUGGAGAUACCCCUAGAGGAGGCAUGCAGGGCUCUGGCCAGCCUAGGCUACUUCUGUUACGGCCGGCCUGCAACCUAUGAUGUGUUACUAGCGCAGGUCGGGAGGUUUGAGGCAACUCUCUACCAGAACAGGAAUUGUCUUGUACAACUGAAAAGUCUCGAAAUCGCCUUCCGCAUAGGCCACUCAGCUUUCCCAAUAUCAAGUCUGAGCCCCUCCGCCCAGCAGACUCUACUGCGUAUAAGGCAUGCUGAGAUAGCAGACUUGAGCAGAGAUGCUGCCCCCACUAGCUGGACACAAGAUCUCCGGCGUGUAGCCGGCCAGGUUUGCAAUAGAACUUAUUUCAACAUAACGGUCGGGCCUUUCAUAGUGGAUUUCGUUCGGACCUCCGACGGUACUCCUCAGACCAAAUUAGACAGAGACGGGGAUGAGAGGCUUCAGGCUGUACGUCAAUGCGUCGCUCUAGAGCCUUUGAAAGGUCAAUGCUUCUACCGCGGUAGUGACCACAAUGAGCUGACUUCUAAUAGCAAGUACAGACAUCUACUACUACGAGGGCUGGGUAUUGAGAUAUGCCCAGUGGCGAAGGAGCAAUGGAUGGGUAUGAGCACAGAUGCAGAAAAGGUCCACUAUAUCAGGGAGAUCGUUGCCGAGGGUAUGGCCCGGUUGAAGGAGAGAAGGAAAGAACAUGCACGAAAGAUCAGUCAGAUCAAGUGGCAGAAACGGGUCGAUGCACGGAAUGUUUCUUGA